AUGGCAAUUUUUCUUUACGUUAAUGUCUCUACUGUGACAAUACCUUCCACCGACCUAUCCAAAAUUGAAAAUUCUCCUGUGCCAUUCAAACGCCACCUCUUUAUUCCAAACUUUAAAGUAAGUUUUCUUUCUUCUCUACCCAAAUUUCCUUCCAUGAAGACCUUCGAUCCACCUAGCUUCGUCUGUUUGGCUUCUAAAAGCCAAACUGAGCCGGCACAUCUUUAUAAGUCUAUAACGUGCACUGCCCCUCCUACCCUUGCCAACUUUUACAGCAGAUUUAAGUUGAUUGACUGCACCUUCUCUGGCAACAACGAUAUAGUUACGGUGACUGUGAAUCUAGUUGUCAAUGGCAAAAAAGUUUUCGUCACCAAUAUAAUUAGUAUGGGAGUAAAAGACCUGUACAAGCUCAAAAAGCCUUUGAGCUACUCAACCGCUUUUGCGACGUUAGCUAUAAUACAGUUACUUAACGUCAAAUCCAUUGGUCUGUCUAUUAUAAUAGAAAAAUGUGUGCCGGUAGGAGCCAAUCUAGGGUCGACAGCAGCCAUGGCCACUGCCGUUAAUGUGGCUAUUAAUGAGUUGUUCGGCUCCCCACUACCAAAGAGUGAACUAGUGCCUCAAAUAAUCGAUUCGCAGACCAGAGUUUCAAAUUACAAUUAUAACGUUGCAGCAACCAUAUUGUGUGGAUUUGUUAUUGUUGAAGGUAAUUCAUUGGUAUAUAAGCUGUUAAAAUACCCAACGAAAAUUCAUCUCUACAUUGUGAUUUUCUGUUUGGAAUUUGACGUCUUUAGGAUGGAAAUUACUAAGAGUUUAUUGGAGUAUUUGGACUACAAAAUGCUUGGUGAAGAAGUUACAAUUUCAUCUUGUGUGUCUUCAAUCUUGGCGAGUGAUCCUGUGGGGUUUGGUAAAGCUAUAUCGUAUGAUGGUCCGAUGAAGGUUUCUGUAAUCCCGGGUUGUAAAUCGAUUAAGAAGGUGACGAUGGAAGCGGGAGCUUACGGCUGGAGUACAGCAACUAUGGGACUUACGGUAGUGGCUAUCACCAACUGUUUCGCUAAAGACGAACUGAUAGGUGAGAAGAUGUCGAAAGGGUGUAAAAAGUAA